AUGAUGUGGCACACAGAGGCCUCGCUGGGGAUGCUGCUCAUGAUUUUCAUUGCGGGAACGCUGCUCGAGGUGCGCCUGGUCCUGUGGACUUCUCCGGUGGUUCUUUUCGUCGCUUUGCUUCUGUUGGCAGUGUCGGGAACGACGAUCGGCUACCUCAUCUGCCUCGCGUGCCCCAGCACUCGCCUGGCCAGCAGCGUGGCGCAGUUUAUCCUGGCCUGGGUCAUCUUCUUUGCGCCUGCGGCCCCCGCUGUUGCGGUAGUGCCGGCCGCCGGCAAGCAAUCGUGGACAUCGCUGGUGCUUCCGGUCAUCCCCGCUCACAGAGCAGCUUUCGAGCUGACAGCUGCUUGCGUUAAGGGCCGGUGCUUGGCAGCUGAAGAUGUGAGAGACGCCUUCAUGGCCGGGAGGUGGGCAGGGCCACUUACCAUGCUCUUUGGGGUGCAGGGCGGCCCAGACAUCGACAUGACCCCCGCAGACGCUCUCAUCAGCUUCAUGAGCAUGAACGUGGUGCAGAUCGCCAUAGGAGCCGCAAUCAUCACCCUCCUGGACAGGCGUCAGUGCCCUGUUCUGAGCGAGACAGGUAGGGGGCAGCUUCCGCCUGAGACCGCCAAUCCGGAGACGCUGCUGGAAGUGAAAGGCUUGAUGCACAGCUAUGGUUGGCUUCCCUCCAGGGCGUCGCCAGAAACCUUUACACUUCAUGGCGUAAGCUUCAAGAUUGACCGGGGAGAAACUUUGGGCCUCUUGGGCCCCAACGGCGCCGGGAAGACCACGGCCAUCCGAUGCAUCACUGGCGAAGAGGGGCCACGAAAAGGUUCAGUGAGCAUCGGCUUUGAAGCCGGUGGGAUAAGCAUUGGCCUCUGCCCUCAGGAAACUGUGAUCAAUGGUGACCUUACAGUUGCGGAGAACUUGCUCUUUUUCGCAUACGUACGAGGUGUGCAAGGCGAUCGUGCCUGGCAGUGUCUUGAGGAGAUCCUCAAGGCCACACGCCUUGAGGAGAAGCAGAUGGAGCUGCCAGAUGCGCUGAGCGGUGGCAUGCGGCGGCGUCUGGCAGUAGGCUGCGCCAUGAUUGCGACGCCCUCGGUGGUGGUGCUUGAUGAGCCAACGACGGGCCUGGACCCAGUGAGCCGGCGUGGCAUUUGGCAAACCAUCACCGAGGUGAAGCAGGCUGGCGGCUGCUGCCUACUCACCACGCACAUGUUGGAGGAGGCCGAGUUCCUUUCCAGCCACAUCGUAAUCCUGCGCAGGGGUGUGGUCGCUGCAGAGGGAUCAGUGCAGGCUCUGAAGAACGAGUGGGGCCAAGGCUACAUGCUAAGUGUUGACAGUGAGGAGUCCAAGGAAGAGGAAGCCCAGGACUUCGUUGCUUCUCUGCUACAUCCAUCGGACAGAACUCCUGUGAAGUCGCAGAGGUAUGGACAGGCGACGUACAAGUUCUCCAAAGAUGAGGAAGCUCUGGGCCACCUCAUUAUCGAUAUCGCUCGUGGCAAGGCCAAGCACGGCAUUCGCCAUUGGGGCGUCUCUCAGGCUUCGCUGGAAGAUGCAUACGUGCGUAUCAUCCAGCAGGACUAG